AUGGGGGAUGAUGAUGAAUGUAGUGCACAUGAAACUAGUGUAGGGGUGAAUGAAUCUAAAGAAUCUCCACAGAAGAAAUUGAGGCAGUUAAAAUCAUCUGUUUGGAGGUAUUUCAAGAAGAUUAGUAGAGAUAAAAAUGGAGUGGAAAAAGCAAUAUGCAGAGGUUGUAAGGAACCAUAUAGGGUUGGUUCUACUCCUGGACCUAAUGGUAAGAACUAUGAAACAUCACAUUUGAAAGGUCAUUUAAUUAAAUGUAAAAAGGUUAAGUUCUCUGAUUUGGGUCAAAUGCAUAUGGAUCAGCAAGAUUAUGUAAAUCUAGAAUUGGUAAUGCCAUCAAGGAACACUUCUGUUGUGGAUGUCCAAAAAGUGUAUUUCAGAGAGAGAGAAAAAUUAAAACAAGUGUUGGCAAAGAUUCCUAAUCGAGUUUGCUUAACUUCUGAUUGCUGGACAGCAGAGUGGGGAAUCGAUAGGAAGGUGUUCUCUAUCACUUUAGAUAAUGCCACUAACAAUGAUAGCAUGCAAACUAUUUUAAAAGGUCAUCUUGGUUUGCAAAAGAGUUUGUUAUGUGAUGGUGAGUUCUUUCAUGUACGUUGUUCUGCUCAUAUUCUAAAUUUGAUUGUCCAAGAAGGUUUAAAAACAACUAAUGAUGUCUUGUUUAGAAUUAGAGAAAGUGUGAAGUAUGUUAAAGGAUCAGAUGGUAGAAUGAGAAAGUUUGAGCAAUGUGUUAAGCAAGUUGGAAUUAAUACAAAUUUGGGUUUAUGUUUGGAUGUGACAACUAGAUGGAACUCAACAUAUUUGAUGCUUGAGAGUGCACUACAAUAUGAAAAAGCUUUUUCUAAUCUACAGUUAAUUGAUAGAAAUUACUCAAGUUGUCCUACAUCUGAUCAUUGGAGAAGGGCAGAAAAAAUAUUUGGAUUCUUGGUGCCUUUUUAUGAAAUAGCAACCUUAAUUUUUGGUUCAAGUUAUCCAACUUUCAAUUUGUACUUUAUGCAAGUUUGGAAAAUUGAAUGCUUGCUGAAGGAGAAUUCAAGUAAUUUAGAUGAAGUUAUUAUGGAAAUGGCUAUAAGAAUGUUCAAUAAGUUUCAGAAAUAUUGGAAUAGAUAUAGUUUGGUACUCACAUUUGGAGCAAUUUUGGAUCUUCGCUUCAAGAUGCAACUUUUAGAAUAUUGUUUCUCAAAGGUGAACUAUUCUUUGGCAAAAGCGCAGGCUACAACUAUAAAGUUAAAAUUAUACAAGCUCUAUGAACAAUAUGCAAAUAAUCAAAUAGGGGCAACUGCUCCUACUACUUGGUCCAAACCAAUUGAAGAAGGAAGUCAAUCCAAACAAAAGAAGUCUACUUUGUUUGCGGAAUUUAAAGAGUUUGAGGGUACAUCAGUUUGCAUUGCUGGAAAGUCAGAAUUGGACCUUUAUUUGGAGGAAAAAAAGCUAGAUUAUCAGACUUUUCAUGAGAUGGAUGUUAUUAAGUAUUGGAAGGAUAAUGAAAAAAAUAUCCUGAUCUUUCGGUAA